AAUUAUUAAUUAUUUUAUAUGAUAUAUUUCUAUUCAUGAAUUAUUAUAACAUAAAAAAUUAUCAAUCUUAACAAAUUUUCAACAUUGGUGCCACCAUUGAUAUGUUGUGCCAACAUAUAUGAAUUGUUCCGGGAUGUGUUAUCGAGAGGAAUACAUUUUUACAAAUUUAAUAAGCGAUCGCAAGCAUUGUUCGUUUGCAGACGUAUCAAAUACCUGAUUUUUAGGAUUCAAAGGAUAUUUUAGGAUAAUUUUAUGGUGACGGCAUGUGUGUCGAUCCGUUAAAGAAAAUAUGUCAUUGGGGUCCACUUACUGCUCUUGGAAUUAUAAAAAUAAUUACUUUGAUGACAAUACAUUGUAGUAGACAAUGGUGGCCACCACAAGAAAGUUUUUUUGGAGCAGUUAAUUUUGUUCUUUUUUUUUGUCUUAGUGGAUCUACACUCUUUCAUUUUAUUAGUGCUAUUUAUGAAGGACCUGGAUUUCUUCCAUUAAAAUGGAUACCGGAAAAAGCAACAGAUACUCAAUAUUUACAAUAUUGUUCUGUUUGUGAAGGAUAUAAAGCACCAAGAUCUCAUCAUUGCAGAAAAUGUGCUCGUUGUGUUAUGAAAAUGGAUCAUCAUUGUCCAUGGAUCAAUAAUUGUGUAGGACAUUAUAAUCACUGUCAUUUUACAGCAUUUUUAGCAAGUGCAGUUGCUGGAUGUUGUGUUUCUACUUUUACAUUAGUUUCUUGGGUGAUGACAGUAUUAUCAUUAAAACCAUUAUCAUUUCCACCACCUUCUAUAUUUAUUUUAAUAUUAGUUAUCUUCAGUAUUGGUUUGUCAAUUGGUGUUAUUCUUGCUGUUGGAACAUUGCUUUAUUUUCAACUAUUGUCCAUAAUCAAAAAUACAACAGAAAUAGAAGCUUGGAUAUCAGAGAAAGCUCAUUAUCGACGAUUUGGAACUAGAGAUAAAUUUAUUUAUCCUUAUUCAAAAGGAUGGCGUUUUAAUUUGCAACAAGUUUUCACAUGGGAUUGUACACCAAUAGGUGAUGGAAUUCACUGGCCUGUAAUUGAAGGUUGUGACCAAUAUACUUUAACGCGAGAACAAUUAGCUCAAAAGAAAGAUAAACGGAAGAGAGCUAAAACUUAUAGAGUUAUAGAAGAAGCAUCUGGAUCACGUUUGCCAUUAAGACAUGGUUGGGGUGUACUUUGUCAUCCACCUUGCACUGAUGAACCUCGUAUUAAACUUAAAGUUGGAGACAUUGUAAUUGUAACACGAUGGAGAAAGUACUGGUUAUUUGGAGAAAAAAAAGAGAAUGACGAAAAUUCAAAGCAAAUACGAAACAGAGGUUGGUUUCCACGGCCUUGUGCCAUUGAAGUGAUUGAAAACGAAGUAUAUUCUUUUGCCUUAACAAAGUCAGAUUGAAACAUUCCUUCUUUAUAUAGAAUUUUUAUAAAAUAUUUAUGAAUAUACCAGUGGACGAAUGCUAAUAUUUUUACGUUUUAUAUAUAAGUGUUUAUGAUAAAUAAGUGUUUUUAAA